AACGUAACCGAGGGACAGAGCUCGAGUGUUGUUUUGAAUUUGCUAGAAGACACCGACAGACGGGGGGGUAGGGUUUGUGAAUAAGAUGGCGGAUGUAGGAGGCGAUGAAACUCGGUCGGCUCUCCCUUCGGCAUCCCGUAACGGUCCGGUUGUCGGUUCGUCGGCGGGCACCACGGGCCAGAACGCAGCUACGGCAACGUCAGGUCCGCGGGUUGUGAGAAUUGUCAAGUCGGAGUCCGGCUACGGGUUCAAUGUUCGCGGUCAAGUAAGUGAAGGAGGACAGCUUCGGAGCAUCAACGGGGAACUGUACGCUCCUCUUCAGCAUGUCAGCGCUGUUUUGCCCGGAGGUGCGGCGGACCGAGCUGGGAUAGCCAAGGGUGACCGGAUCCUGGAGGUUAAUGGGGUGAGCGUGGAAGGUGCCACCCACAAGCAGGUAGUUGACCUGAUCCGUGCAGGGGAGAAGGAGCUGGUCCUGGCUGUGCUCUCUGUUCCACCUCAGGAGGCUGACGGACUGGAGGGAGGAGAGGAUGUUCAACCAAACUAUGACUAUAGUGACAAGCAGGCCGUGCCCAUUUCCAUUCCCACAUACAAACACGUAGAGCAGCACUCAGAGAGAUUUGUGGUGUACAAUGUGUACAUGUCAGGUAGACAACUGUGCUCAAAGCGCUAUCGAGAGUUUGCCAUCCUGCAUCAGAAUCUAAAGAGGGAGUUUUCCAACUUCAACUUCCCGAAGCUUCCUGGAAAAUGGCCCUUCUCCCUCUCCGAACAGCAGCUGGAUGCUCGUCGUAGAGGCCUGGAGGAAUAUCUUGAGCGAGUUUGCUCUGUGCGGGUGAUUGGUGAGAGUGACAUCAUGCAGGAGUUUCUCUCUGAAUCAGAUGAGAACUACAAUGGAGUGACAGAUGUUGAACUGCGGAUAGCCCUGCCAGAUAAGACCACCAUUUCUGUCAGAGUUCGCAAGAACAGUACAACAGACCAGGUGUACCAGGCGUUAGUGAUGAAGGUUGGAAUGGACAGUAUUAUGGCAAGCUACUUUGCCCUUUUUGAGGUCAUCAACCACUCCUUUGUACGGAAGCUGGCGCCUAAUGAAUUUCCCCAUAAGCUUUAUGUGCAGAACUACACGUCGGCAGUGCCGGGGACUUGCUUGGCGCUCCGCAAAUGGUUGUUCAGCUUCCAGGAGGAGGAGUUACUCAGAGACAACCCACUGGCGCUGCACUACUGCUUUCACCAGGCAUUGGAUGAUGUGAAGAAGGGAUUCAUAAAAACAGAGGACAAAUCCUACCAGCUGCAGAAACUGGCAGAGCAGCGCAAGAUGGCCACGUACCUGAGCCUGUUGCGGACAUGUGAGGGCUACAAUGAGGUGGCGUUCCCCCACUGCUCCUGUGACUCCAGGAGGAAGGGACACGUCAUCACAGCUAUCAGCAUCCAUCACUUCAAGCUGCACGCUUGCACUGAGGAUGGCACGCUGGAAAACCAGGUGAUAGCUUUUGAGUGGGGGGAGAUGCAGCGCUGGGACACUGAUGAGGAGGGGAUGGCUUUCUGCUUCGAGUAUGCCAGAGGAGAGAAGAAACCUCGCUGGGUCAAGAUUUUCACUCCAUACUUUAACUACAUGCACGAGUGCUUUGAGCGGGUCUUUUGUGAGCUGAAGUGGAGGAAACAGGUUGAGGAAGAGGCAUCUGACAAAGACAACAAGAACUGCAGCAACAGUGAGUUUCUGCCUCCUCUGGAGACACAGCAGAAGGGAUGGCGCCACCUAGGGGGGGAGAUUGCAACUUCCUAAAACCAUUGGUCAUCACUCGAACUAGAACUGGUCCACUUGCAUCAUCACAGCCACCCCAGAGAGCGCCCAUCAACAAACACAGAACUGAGUGACAGACUGAGGCGAUCCAUGCCCCGAAAAACAAACUGGAAGUGACCAAUUUGGGAAAUUGGAAUAGUCACACUUAAGCAAACCCAGGGAUACACACAGCAAGAAGAGCAAUGAAGGAAAAUAAACAAAAGCCAACUUUCAUGUCAUUUACUAGAUUUUCAUAGUGUGUCUGUUGAUUUCCUCCAUACAUCUGCCCUGUGAUGUGGGCAGGGCACGAGCAAUUUCUCGCCACUGGUUGAGAUGUAACACAUAUCUACAGUGUGUGACUGGUCAGGGUUACCACAGCGCUGCAGCACCAUUUGCGCAAAUGGAGCACCUCGAUGAAACGCCACUUGACGAGGGAGCUGACAUCUGGGGUGAGAUCCCGACGGUCGGGUCCCCAACACGAUCGCGCGCCCUCAGCGUGGCCCUCGUCGGCUGAACUGAGCUAUGACGACGAAGAUGAAAACAAGAAGAGAGGGAUGCAGAAAAACUGAGGUUUUUAUUUCUCUCAGUUAGUGAUAAAGAAAGCAAAAUCAUGCUUUACACUGAUGCUGGACAUUAACACAAAAAUUAGGUUUUCUAUCUGUGAGGUCAGGAGUAUUCUGUCUGUCAGAUAACAUAGGCAGCACAAAUGUAACUAACUGAAAAUGGACAAGAGGGGACAUUCACAAUUAUGUGUAUGUUUAACAGUCUUACUUCCGAUAAAAUAUAGAUUAAUAUAAGAGCUAAAAUAAUUGGUUUAUUGAUCUAACACAAUGAAAUACUAACUGAUUUGCAUUCAUGCUGUUCUUACUAAUCUCCAUUUACCACAGUGUCUUCUGGCCUAACCCACGCUACUUCAAAACGACUUCUGUUGGCAGUCAGCCAUUAAUGUCAGUAUGGAUAUUUAUUCCCCUCGCAGGUGUUUUAUUGUGGUGAUUUUGCAGAGCUUGGAAGUUGAGAGGAAGAGGCGUUCUCAUUCUCAGGUCUGUGCAGGAGUGAUCUCUGGAACAAAGGGUUGGUGGGCCAAAGCUUUGACAUAUUUGCGUUGCAUGUUCUACAGAGGGAUUGACCAACAGAUGGUGAAUGUUAGGAUAGGGCAGGAGGUUUUUGAUUGUUAUAUCUGUUGAGCUGCAGUUUUCUGAACAGGCAGCAGGGAGCAGCAGAGUGUAAGACAGAUUUAGUUGUAGGUUUUGAAGAAAUGGGAAUCUUCUCAGAGCUUCUUAAAGAGUGAUCCCUCGGGCUCUGUAACUCACCCAAAAGUAUCCCGCUCUGCAGUUUGUCCAUUAACCACGUCAGGAGGACAGAUGGUGUGUGUGUGUGUGUGUGUGUGUGUGUGUGUGUGUUGUACAGAGCGUAGGUGGUGCAUGAAGUUGUGUGACUGCAACCACAGGCAUCAGCAUGCAAUGCAGGCAUCUGUCUGCCUCUUACUGCUCUGAAAUUGAUACAGUAUUAGUUGUGUGCAUACACAUGACGUGAUUAUACACCACUUUUACGACUUACACAGAUUUUUUUAUAUGUUAAAACAGGUUUAUUUGUCUUUUUUUCUGUUUUCUCUCUGUAGACGUUCAGUUUAAAACAUUUUGUCUCACUUUAAGUGUGCAGAAAAUAGCAUCUGAAUGCAGACAACGUGCGUAAACAAACCGAUUUCACCUGAAUGCGAUAGUUUUGUCUGUCCCACUAAGGGCUAGUAGUUUGUCUCGGCCGAUUCAUAACUGACUCAUUCUUGUCCUUCAGUCGCCUUCUGGCAGGAACGUAAACCUGAAACUGAGAGUGAUGUUUGUUUUUAAUUCACCCUGACAUAAGGAGUUGGUUUAAGUUUCAAGAAUUGUUUUUUUACAGUUAAGCUUAGCUUUCAGUUCAAUAAAAUGUGUAUUUCAUGCCUAGGUUUAGUCAUAAUCUUCUCUCAGUCAGUUGCCUUCGAGCAGGCUCAUGUGUGUGCAUGUGUGCUGUGUGUGUCCUCUGUGUUUAUCAUUGACAUUGCUGAUAAGCUUUAAGGCUCUGAUUGGAUGUGUCUGAUGAGCUGUCGGUGUGAGAGCCAGCAAAUGAAGAUGGGGUUUUGUGUCUGUACGACAGCGAAGACGCCAGACAGAUGGAGACAAAUAGGAGGCGUCUGCCAUUGUCUAGCUAACAUUCAGAACCACACACAUUCUUUUUCUAGCAUAACACACAAAUACACACACAUCCCUAUCUCCCUGCUACUGUGUUUGUGAUUUGACAAAAUUGUUAAGUGCAACAUCACAUGCUCUUUUGUUAUUCCUGCUGUUGCCUCUGAGGACAGGCAUCGGUUAUACAACAACCAAUAGCAAUAUACACCACAUUGUAGUAUUUUGUGUGUUUAACACACACACACACACGAGAUAGCUGGAUUGAAAAAGAAACUGCAAUGUGCAGAUUGCUGGAUGGUCAUUUUGACAGCCAAAGUAAUAGCCAAUUUAGAGAUGGAUGACAUAAGAAUUAAAGCUGUUCAACCAUGAUGUUUUUUUUUUCUUUGUAAGCUGUAGAGGGAGAGGCAGAUAGAGGUUGUGCGAUUGUGUGUGUUGGCUCGUCUGUCCUCUGCUCUUAUUCUCUCCAGGUUGGUCUCCCAUCAUCACAGGGGGAUGUGGUUGCCGUGGCAGCACCACGUUGGCUCAACACGCUCAGUGCAGCCUCUGUUCCUUUUAUUCCUGUCAGCCAACUGACUCACUCCUCCCAAUAAUGUAUUCAAAGCAGUGUUUUUUACUGUUUGAUGUUUGUUCUACGUCCCUGUGGCUUGUGCUGCUGUGAAUAAGCUUUUAGAGAGCUGCUGUUUUUUUUUUUUUUUAUAUUUUUGUGUUUCGGUUAGUCUCGUCUGCGCCAGGUGCCAUCUCACGCUCGGUGUCAGUCACUGGCAGGUGUGCAUACUGUCAUUUGUCGUCUGUUUCUGGCAACAGUGAGAUAAAUGUCAUAGUAGCAGUGUUUAGGUGAAAGCAGAGAGAUGCCAGGAAUGUUAAGAAGCAUGUCUUUGUAUGGCUGGCCCGUCUUUGAUAGUUUUUGUUCGUCAGUGUGCACUGUGCUGUGGGCCACCUGUGUUCGUGUUUGAGAUGCAGAGUUUGGAAGUGAAUGAUUAUUUACGAAAAGGGGAAUGCAUUUCACAUAGGACUUCACAGAUAAAAAGAAUGUUGGAUGGUACAACAAACAUGGUGGCAAUAGAAUAGAUAAUUAA